AUGUCUGCCUCCCCCCUUCCGCCAGGAGGACACUUCUCUCCCACUGGAGCCACAUCUGAUUACUGCAGUGCAGGUAACUGUAUUUCCGGUGCCUGUGAGACCACUGUCGCAACCACGAACGGUACCUGUGGUCCUUCUUGGGGGGUACUACUUGCACAAAUCCAAGCUUUGGGUCCUGCUGCUCAAUCUAUGGCUAUUGUGGAAGUGGGUCGGAUUACUGCGGUCCAGGAAAAUGCUACUCUGGUAACAAGACCUGUGUUGGCACGCAAUUUGGCGAUUGCUGCUCUACUGCUGGUUAUUGUGGAAGCACAGAGGAUUACUGUGGUAUCGGAAAUUGCUAUGCCGGUGCCUGUCUUUGAACCUUGUUAG